GAGCCGCAAUGCCUUUCUCCAGCUCCGGCGCGGACGAUGCCUUCGACUACCUCUUCAAGAUCAUCCUGAUCGGGGACUCCAACGUGGGGAAGACCUGCGUGGUGCACCGCUUCAAGACGGGGCAGUACAACGAGAGGCAGCAGAACACCAUCGGCGUCGACUUCACUGUCCGCUCGAUGGACAUCGACGGCAAGAAAGUGAAGAUCCAAGUGUGGGACACAGCUGGUCAAGAACGCUUCCGGACAAUAACCCAGUCUUAUUACAGGAGUGCCCAUGGGGCCAUCCUUGCCUAUGACCUUACUAGGAGGUCCACAUUUGAAUCAAUUCCUCACUGGAUUCACGAAAUUGAAAAGUAUGGUGCUGCAAACUUGGUCAUUAUGUUAAUUGGGAACAAAUCAGAUUCACUGGAUAAGCGCCAAGUCUUGUUUGAAGAUGCCUGCACACUGGCGGAGAAGCACGGGCUCUUAGCUGUACUGGAGACAUCAGCAAAAGAAGCUCAAAACAUAGAAGAGGUGUUCACGUUAAUGGCUAAGGAGCUGAUAGCCCGAAAUACCUUACAGCUUCAUGGAGAGAACCCUCCAAACAGCAUCUAUCUUGAUUCCAGGCCAGUGAUUGCCAGUCCAAGUGUGGAGAAGACCCAGUGCCUCUGUUGAAGAGAGAUUUCAGGAAGAACUUGGAAGUCGUCAUUCUUCUGAGGCUGUUUGAUUUCAUUUUAUUCAAUUGAUGAAAGUGUGCUAUGUGGCCUCAAGCCAUCUCUCUCUUGAUAUCUCUACCUUGCAGUUUGGCUUGUAAGUAUCUUCAAAGAUCAUUGUUGCUGUUGGUAGCACAGGUUGCUUUGAACACGGCAGCUGAUAUUUUAACACAAACUUCUGAGCCGAGAGGAAUUGGGAAGCUGCCAGCCCUUGCCUUAACCAAAGAGAACUGUAAAAAUUAUUGCCUUUAAUUAUACCCUUAAAUGAUUUUCUGGCUGUGUCAGAAGAUAAAUUUGCGCCAGAGCUCUGCAUUGAUUUGACCAUUCUAAGCU